GAGUAGGAUGGGCUAUGUUUACAGUGUCCUGCCUGAUAGCCAUCUACUACAACAUGAUUAUAGCCUGGUCGCUAUACUACCUGUUGGCCUCCUUCAACAGACAGUUGCCCUGGAGUUACUGUGGAGACUGGAGCUCUGAAUAUUGUUUGGUAAAUCCAGCGAUCAUGAACAACUGUACUCAGAAUAAUGGCACCUGGUACAACAAUACUUGCUUCCUGGCUGGUCAGACAGAUGACACUAUCCUCGGUCACAUCAAGGAGCUUGCUGCUUCCAGUCAUUUCAAAUACAAAUCUGCCAGUGAUGAUUACUUCUACAAAGCUGUCCUUGAUCUCUCUGAAGGGAUAAGUAGCAUUGGAGGAGUCAAGUGGGAACUGGCUCUCUGCUUGCUGUUGGCAUGGAUCCUUGUCUGCAGUUGUUUGAUCAAAGGGAUUAGAUCAUCUGGCAAAGCAGUCUACUUCACAGCAUUCUUCCCAUAUUUAGUUCUGACCAUUCUUCUGGUCAGAGGAGUAAGCCUGCCAGGAUCUGCUAAUGGCAUUGCUUAUUAUCUGACACCACAAUGGGAGCAGUUGCUUGAUGUUAGGGUGUGGAAAGAUGCUGCUGUGCAAACCUUCUUCUCACUGUCCCCUUGCUGGGGUGGGCUCAUCACUCUGGCCAGCUACAACAAGUUUCACAACAACUGCCUGUUUGAUGCUGUCCUUGUAUCCAUCCUGGACUGCCUGACAAGUGUGUUUGCUGGCUUUGUCAUCUUUUCAAUCAUUGGCUACAUGUCUCAUGAGCUACAGCAAUCGGUGGACACUGUUGCUACUGAUGGACCAGGCCUGGCAUUUGUCAUCUACCCAGCUGUGGUCACCAAGCUUCCAGUUUCCCAGUUGUGGUCAUUGCUGUUUUUUGCCAUGCUGGUUACAUUAGGUCUCGGCACCCAGAUUGCAACAGUGACGACAGUGCACACCACCAUCCUUGAUCAGUUUCCAGAAUUGUUUCGCUCAAGAAGGAACUCAUCUGCAUUACUUAUUUUUAUAAGCGUAGUUGGCUACGUUGUUGGGCUGUCAUUCUGCACCCAGGGUGGUAUGUAUGUGGUGCAGCUUUUUGAUAACUAUGCUGCAACAUAUUCCUUGUUGGCCAUUGGACUCAUUGAAUGUCUUGCCCUGUCAUGGGUUUAUGGCACAGACCGCAUGUUUGAUGACAUCAAGCUUAUGCUUGGCAAGUCUCCAAGUAAAAUCUGGGCCAUCAGUUGGAGAUUUGUAGCCCCGGCAGCCUUGAUGGCAAUCCUAAUUUUCACGUGGAUCGAUUUUGACCACACAAAGUGUGGAGACUACAUCUUCCCCGUCUGGGCUGAUGGUAUUGGCAUAAUGAUAACCCUGAGCUCGGUCAUGUUGAUACCCAUAGUAGCUGCCUGGAAAGUGGUCGCUGGACUGAGGAACUCUUCAAAUGGUGGGCUAGUGGAGGUUGUGAAGAAACUGACAAGACCAGCUGCCAACUGGGGACCCAGGCUGCCAGAACAUAGAAUGCUCAUGAAACAGGUGGCGACCUCUCCACACCAGGAGAGUUGUUAUUCUCACCAGCCCAUGAUGAUGAAUGACUGUGUAUGA